CAAAACAUUGCGUCUCUGCAGGACUUACCAAGGCCUGGGGAACAGAGGAAAAACUGCUAGGGAAGGAAUGCGAAAGAGGUUUUAGGAAUUGGCUCCGCCACCGAGAAAACGAGGAGGCGCGACACUUUUCUUGGCUACGUGGAGAUCUUUGUUUUAUUCCUCUCAAAAGGUGUUCACCUCCCAACCCACCGCCCACCACGGCCCUCACCUGCGUGUUACGGUGCUUCCCCUGUGAGCCGACCUGGGCUGGCAGUCCCUUCUUGCACCGCCCGCCAACACCGCCCAUGGUCAGGAUGACGCGCUCCAAGACUUUCCAGGCGUACCUGCCGAGCUGCCACCGGACCUACAGCUGCAUCCACUGCCGAGCACACCUGGCCAACCACGACGAGCUCAUCUCCAAGUCGUUCCAGGGCAGCCAGGGCAGAGCUUACCUUUUCAACUCCGUGGUGAACGUUGGGUGUGGCCCUGCGGAGGAGAGAGUUCUGCUGACAGGCCUGCACGCCGUGGCGGAUAUUUACUGUGAGAACUGCAAGACGACCCUGGGCUGGAAAUACGAGCACGCGUUUGAGAGCAGCCAGAAGUAUAAAGAGGGCAAGUUCAUCAUCGAGCUGGCACACAUGAUCAAGGACAAUGGCUGGGACUGAGGAGCCGAGGGACAACUGCACUGAAGGACAGGAGGAGGCCGAGCCGCUCGGGCGGGAAUGUGUGUGUGUGGGAGUGUGUGACUUUGGUUUGGCUGAUUUAUACCAUUAACCUCUGUAACUUACUGCUCAUCCCGUCUCACCACACCCCUCGAUGUUCACACAUGCACAUGGUAAACUCCCAGACCUCCCAGUUUGGCGGAGAGACAGACAUUGCAGGCUUGUUUGCAGCUAGCAGGACUAGACUGGCCAGCAACAGUACGCAGGAGACAGGCCGUCUCAUUUUUUGAGUUUUGUUAAAACAUUAGCUGCUGCCAUCAGCUCUACAGGGAUUUGGACGUGUGAUUUGAUUCUCCCUCGUCUAAUAUUAACUUGAACGCCAGUCGUCACUGGAAAUCUAAGCAGGAUGAUACCAGCAGGCCCAGCAUGGCGAGCUCCACCGGCCUCGGUGCUGACGGGCGUUCGCUCUGUCCCCUCGGCAUGAAUGAGAUCACCUUAAGAUGAUUACAGCAAAUCUAGCUGAUUGGGGACGGGCCAGCUGGACCAGUGAUGAGGCCUGGCGCCGAGGCUUGGCUCCG